CGUCCUGCGGCGUAGAGACCGUCAUGGCUAGUACUCCAAAUUGUCCCCCAGUUCGGAUCAAUCAGCGGAGGACCAUUAUCCAAGGCCCCCAGACAGCUUCGCAAACUCGUGAACGUCAUUAUCUGCUAGCCGUCAAUCGAGAUGCCGGAUACCGAAGGAAGAACGGUAGUUCCAGAAAGCUCCCAUCUCGAGCGCCAUGGGUACCUUUUCGGCCACCCUAUCGCGCAUUCGAUGUCACCUCUACUACACCAGACUGUGUAUGAUGGGCUAGGCCUCAAUUGGGCGCAAAUCCCUUUAGAUUCCCUUGACAUGACCCUGUUUUUAAGGUUAAUACAGGAUCCGAAGUUUUAUGGCGCCUCUGUGACGAUGCCACAUAAAGUUGCUAUACUCCAACACCUUGAUGGUCUAACACCCGAAGGCCAGACUGUGGGUGCUGUCAACACACUUUUCGUCCGACAUGAUCCUGAAACCGGCAAGCGACUGUACAUGGGGACCAAUACCGACGUGAUUGGCGUGCGCGACGCUUUUUACUUUAAUGUCAAGGAUCCCGACUCGUGCGUUCACAGACGACCAGCCUUGAUUGUUGGGGGUGGCGGUGCGGCUCGAAGCGCGGUAUAUGCGUUGAGCAAAUGGAUGAAAGCAACCAAGAUCUAUCUCGUGAACCGAGACCGUAAAGAGGUUCAAGCCAUAAUCGAUGAGUGUACCUCAAAGGGCUAUGGCGACGGGCUCAUUGAUGUAUCGACUGUUGAGCAAGCAGAACUGUUGGAGGGGGCUGGUGCCAUUGUAGCUUGUGUCCCCAACGUUCCAGUUCGGACGUCUGAGGAAGCAGAGGCAAGGCGCGUACUUGAGUGUUUCCUCAACAAGCCGCACAAGGGCGCCCUGCUUGAGAUGUGCUAUCAUCCUUCGCCUUGGACUGAGAUUACAGCUCUUGGCGAGAAGGCUGGAUGGCAGAUUAUACUAGGGACAGAAGCGAUGAUCUAUCAGGGACUGGAGCAAGACCGAUACUGGACUGGGAGAGGCGUGGAACAGCUGCCAGUACAAAAAGUGCAUGAAGCUAUUGCUGCAGAAAUGAGGGAGUCGCGGUUGUGUGAUGUGGUCAUGUGAGACGUUGCAACAGCACCAAGGAAUUAGGAAAUAGAAAGCCAAACAUCUUUGAUAAGAUGUCAAUGUUUGAUUCCACGUGGGAAGUCGUAAGACAGAAGUCGAUGCCCAGGUGUUCCCGUUUACUCAAGAG